AUGGUCGACCGAAAGCGGCGACAUUCGCGUUCACGUUCGCGCUCAGUGAGUAAGCGUUUAGCCGUGGAAUUAGACGAGAAACAGCGUCAAGAAGCCGAGCGCAUUGCUGCUAUUGCAAAACGAGCCGAAGAGCGCGCAGCUGAGCGACAAAUAAAAGAAGUUUCAGCCACUUUAAAGCCUCAAGAUGCGUCUAUUGGUGCUACAAGCGACCGGAAGUUGCCAUUGAAGAUCGUAGAGGUUUCUAGAGCUGAAGGAGAGGCACCUAGUAAGCUCAAGUUCCGCUCAAAGGCACAGAGAGAAAAGGACGCACUUGAGAAGCUCGAGAAGAAACGACAGGAGGUUGAGAAACAACGAAAGGAAGCUGAAAAGGCUCGACGGGAGUUUCUACACCGUCAACGGAAUGAGAGAGAGCGAGAACGAAGUAGAGGGUUGAGAUCUAGUGGAGAUCGUCGUCGAGAUGAUUGCACGACGGCGAGUUUGAAUCAAAAAGGAGAGGCUCAAGUGGAGAAUUUAUCUUCUUUGUGUAAGAAGGAGAAGUCGGCACUAUUGGAUCCAAGUGAAGCUAAGGCAUUGCAAGCACUAAAGGACCAGUACUUGGGCAAAACUGUAAAAAAGAAGAAAGUGGUGAAAGCAAGUGAGAAGUUCUCCAAGAUUUUUCAAUUUGAUUGGGAGGCGUCCGAAGAUACAAGUGCUGAUCUGAACCCAUUGUAUGCGAAGCGUAUGGAUGUGAAUCUUUUGUUUGGACGGGGUUAUCGAGCUGGUGUAGACAUGCGCGAGCAACGAAAGAAAAACUCGUUUCUGGAAGAGCUUAGUCACAAACGCCAGAAAGAACAGCAGCUUGCAGAUGAAGCAAAUGGCACGUUGACGGGGGAACAAAUUGCAGCUCGAAAACACGAGCGUGAACGUGCUCUACGCAGCAUGCAGGCUCACGAGCGGGACCGUAUGCAGGAGAUGGCUACACAAGAAGCCAAGACAAUGGGCACGCACUGGUCUGACAAAUCGCUGGAUGAGAUGAAAGAGCGUGAUUGGCGUAUCUUUCGCGAGGACUUUGACAUCACCCUUAAAGGUGGUCGGGCUCCAAAGCCCCUGCGCAAGUGGGAUGAAGCCAGCAAUGUGCUUCCCGCUGCUGUUUUUAAAGCUAUCGGAGAGAUGGGCUUCGAACGGCCAUCGCCUAUUCAAAUGCAAGCUAUCCCUAUUGGGCUGCAAAAGCGUGAUAUCAUCGGUAUUGCCGAGACUGGUUCAGGUAAAACUGCUGCCUUUGUGAUCCCCAUCAUUGCUUACAUCUACUCGCUUCCGGCCACGAUGGUCGCGCGGACUGGCGAGCAAGGUCCGCUAGCUCUGGUCAUGGCACCCACCCGCGAGCUGGCUUUACAGAUUGAACAGGAAGCUAUCAAACUUUGCAAGUACACAAGUGUUGGGCUACCUGAGAAGCUAAACCCCAUUCAGACACUAUCGGUUGUUGGUGGGCAAAGUAUUGAGGACCAGGGAUUCCGUCUCCGUGAGGGUAUAGAUAUCAUCAUCGGUACUCCUGGUCGAUUAAUGGACUGUCUCGAAAGCCACUAUCUGGUAUUAAACCAGUGUAACUACGUAGUGUUGGAUGAAGCUGAUCGCAUGAUUGAUAUGGGUUUCGAGCCUCAGGUGGUUACCGUAUUAGAAAACAUGGGAUCUCUGCUAAAAUCUGAGAAUGAAGAGGAGAUGGAACAACAGCUUACGUUGGCAAAUGGGACUCAGCUGGGAGAAGAGCUACAGCACCGCCUUCGUGUUACCACUAUGUUUAGUGCUACGAUGCCUGUCGAGGUGGAACGGCUGGCCAAGACAUUUUUGCGCCACCCUUCGAUUGUCAAGAUUGGUGACGAGGACUCUGGCAAGAACAAGCGUAUUGACCAGCGCGUAAUGUUCAUGAACCCGGGCAAGAAGCGCUCGAAGCUGGUGGAAGUGCUGCGAGAGAUUCUAAGUGCUCAAUCGGUACCAACGCCGCGGUCUCGGAAGGAGAAAGUCGUAGAUGGCGCCAAGAUCAUUGUGUUUGUCAACAUCAAGAAAGAGUGCGACUCGGUUGCCAAGUUCGUUUCUAACGAGAGUUUCCGCUGCACGAUUCUGCACGGUGGUAAGACCCAGGACCAGCGUGAGGAAAGCCUCAAGAUGUUCCGUGAAGGCUAUUGUGAUAUUCUAGUGGCAACGGACGUGGCUGGACGUGGUCUCGAUAUCCCUGAUGUAACUCAUGUUGUCAACUUCGACCUGCCGUCCAAGAUUCAGAAUUAUUCGCACCGUAUCGGUCGUACUGGUCGUGCCGGUAAGGACGGUGUUGCAAUCUCCUUCCUCACGGACAACGAUGACGAAAUCAUGUACGAUCUGAAGCAGUACCUCGUGUCGACAGAGAUGUCUGUACCGAGCGAGCUUGCUAACCAUCCAUCCGCAAAAGCUGCUCCUGGCGCGCGUGAUGAGAAGGGCAACGUGAUCGCGCGCUCUAAGCGUGACACUGUCAUCUACGCCAAGUAA